CCCAAUCCUCAUUUUCUCUCUCUUCAGUACCAGAGAGAGAGAGAGAGAAAGUAUAAGAAGAUAUGAUCCUAAGCCCAAAGAUUCAAUCUUUCGAGCUUUACAUUCUUGUCCUAAAUUAAAAAGACAAUGAGCAAACCUCUCCAAAAUCCAAUCUUUGACGCGCUUUUCUGCGACGAGGAGGAGCGUUUCGAUGACGACGAUGAAGAAGAAGCGCGUGGCGAUUUCAACGAGAUUCGCGAAAAUCCCAUUGAUUCUCUGUUCGAGCACGACCUUUUCUGGGAGGACGAAGAGAUUACCACACUACUAUCCAAAGAAAAAACACAGCCCGGUGUUGUAAAUUCCGACACCCCUUUCAAUACGUCGCGAAACGACGCCGUUUCUUGGGUUCUUCGGGUGGUCACGCGCCACGGGUUCGCCGCCGCCACCGCCGCUUUGGCCGUGAACUAUUUCGACAGGUUUAUUACAAGCAUCUUCUUUCAGAGAGAUAAGCCAUGGAUGGGUCAAUUAGCAGCUGUGGCCUGUGUUUCUGUAGCUGCAAAAAUGGAGGAGACCCAAGUUCCUCUCUUACUAGACCUUCAAGUAGAGGAAUCGAAGUACGUGUUCGAAGGAAGAACGGUUCAAAGAAUGGAGCUUUUGGUGCUUUCAACCCUCCAAUGGAGAAUGAAUCUUGUGACUCCAAUCUCUUUCGUUGACCACAUUGUAAGAAGAUUUGACUUGUUCACUAAUCUGCAUUUCGAUUUUUUUCGGAGGUGCGAGCGUGUGCUUAUCUCGAUUCUCACCGAUUGUAGGCUUGUGCAUUAUAUUCCUUCGGUUAUUGCCGGUUCGAUUAUGAAAUAUGUUAUCGGGGAGUUUGAGCAUUUUGAUGAAUUGGGUUACCUAAAUCAACUUAUGAGUGCCCUUGGAACUACCGAGGAAAAAAUCGACGAUUGCUAUAAACUAAUAACGGAUGUGAUGGAUCAUGAUGAUGGUGAUGAUGAUUACGGCUAUAAGUUUCGCCACAAGCGUAAAAGCGGGACCUACGUCCCGAGCAGCCCGAGCGGAGUUGUGGAUGCGUAUUUCAGCUCGGAUAGCUCGAACGACUCUUGGGAGUUUGCAUCGUCGAUGACACCAUCAUCAUCAUCAUCAUCGUUAUGGCCCGAGCCUUUGUUUAAGAGGAGCAGAGCUCAUUGAUUCAUUUGAUUUUGGAAUCGGUACUUCGUAAUCGAUCUUUUUUAUAUGUUUUUUAUAUUUUAUUUUUUUGGGUUCGGAUCAUGAUUAAGUGAAAUUUUUGCGGUGUAUAAAACUGCGUUUAAUUGGCUUCGGAUCAUGAUUAAGUGAUUUUUUUGCGGUGGAUAAACUGCGUUUAACUGGAUUAACUUCUUUGAUUAUGGAUGGAGA